AUGAGUGAAUCUGGGCGACCACUGCUGAAGCUCAAGUUUACCAAAAGGCCAGCAAACCCUACACCCAACCCUACACCUGCUCCUGCUCCUGCUCCUGCUCCUGUACCCUCGGCUGCUCCCCCCGAAACUCCCUCUCAACCUCCCUCCCAGCCAAAGCUCAAGCUUAAGAUUGGUCGUAAGCCCCAGCCCCAGCUUAACGAGCCCGGACCCGAUGAAAAGGCUAAAAAGAAGAAAUCGUCCACGAAGAAGAGGGCCGCUGAGAAUACGAUCCAGCCCGAGGUGGUGCCUGCGCAAGUUCCUAAGCGUCUCAAGCUGAAUCCAUCGAAAAAGUUGGUCGCACAGUCUCUGCGUAUCAAGAAUAAAAGCUUGAUCGCAAACCGCCCAGUUGGAGUGGGAUACGAUUCAGAGGCUUCCGACACAGAGGCCGAUCCAAGCAUCGAAGAGCAGUUCAUCUUACGAAUGGAGCCUGGAGAGGAUUGUGAUAUCCUACGUCAAACUAUUGCGGAUCGAAGGUUUGACAAAAAUGAAAUAUCAAUAAAGCCUCUCACUCGCGAGGGUCGACGCAUCAUUCUCAAAAUUCGCGAUCACACCUAUGCAGCUGCGCUUGUCGAUCUUCCUUGCAUUAUUGAAGGCAUGAAGAGUUGGGAUCGUCGAGGGUGGUACAAGUCUGCAGACAUUUGUCAGAUGUUAUUGGUGUUGGGGCUGCCGGAUGACAAGACACUACAAUAUCCUCACGGUCUUGCGCCACCGUUGCAUUGGGUUCGCAAGCGACGGUUCCGGGACCGCGUGAGCACCCGCACGAUUGAACAAGUGGAAAAGGCUGUGGAGGAAUUGAUUGCGCAAGAUGAAGAGUCGCUGUUCCCACCACGAUUCGAGUUGGUGGAUAGCACAUCUCUGAACCGUGCCGAAGGAUUAAGCGGCGAUUAUGACGAAUACUACGAUGAGGAGCAAGAUGCUGAGGGCGAUUACAUGGAGGAGGACUUUGACGAUGCAUUGGCUGCUGAGAUGGAGGCAGCUCUAGCCGGAGAUGAUGAUGACCCAGCGGCCUCAGUUGCAGCAGAUGAACAACAAGUAGGUCCCAUGUCAGAGAGCCUACCCCCUCCCGCCGACACACCACGCGCAGAUUCAUCAGGCGAUGAGAGUGACGAGUCGGAGGAAGGCGCGGAGGAGCUCGAUGAGGAACAAGUUGAGCAACAGCGCCAACUUCAACAACAACGCGAGGAGAUCGAAGAGCUUGAAGGACUCAUUCGCUCUGAGACCAGCGCCUGGGAGAAGGUUGGAAACCACAUUUUGCGCGCCAAGAUGGGCAAGCGCAUCCAGGAGCUUAAGAAGGAUCUUACUCUGAAGAAAGUAUCCGCUGGACUGGGCGACGACACUGAUAUUUGA